AGAUGCGAGCAUCAAAAAACCAAUGGGCAAUUUCACCAGAAACCAUUAUGUCUCAUCAUUUUCGAUUAGCAAAAGGAAUUCCACAUGUUGUUGAUGCGACACCCCCACAUUCAAUGUAUAAUAGUCCAAUUAGCAUACAUUACUUACCAAAACGAGCUUCAUCUGCUGAUCCAUUCAAACGAAAAGCACUUAGCAAGUCACAACGUGAAUUAACUGACUUUGUGAAUGGACGAAAUGGAGAUCCACAUGGACUACGACUGCCGUUACCAAUUAGAUCAAGUCUGACAGAUCUCGUGAAGCCGAAGUUACUUGAGAAUCGAAACUAUCAGCCACCCAGGAGAAAAACGCCAUCAAAAGACCAUCACUCAAAAGCUGAAGAAAAUUCAAAAAAAGCAAAAAAGUUGGAAAGAAUCAAUAAAUUCAAGGAUGCAGUUCUAACUGAUUUAAUUGAAAAUGACACAUAUUCUGACCAAAUGAUAAUGAAUUCCAUCAGACGACAUAUGGAAAAACUAGCCGGAGUUAUCUCAUGGGAUGAUUUAGAAAAAGCAGCUGAUGAACUGAUUAAGAAAAUCGGUUUGAAUACAAAUGUACAAAAUAGUAGAAGAAGUUCAAGAAGUCGAGAUAAAAAUCAGAGGUUCAAUAAACCACCACUACCAUACAAAGUUGAAAGAAUCGGAAGUGCACAGAGUUUGGAAUCUUUAUCCUCACCGUCAUCCAGUUCUGCUAAAACAUCAUCGUCUUCGUCUUCGUCAUCUUUUUCAACUUCUUCUCAAGAAACAAACUCAUCAGAAAGUUCAUAAUCAUUUUUUUUCUUUUUUUAUGCCAGUUUUUAGAUCUGUGAUCUCAAAUUUAGAACGAACAACCAUGCCAGAUGUCUUUCUAUUAUGUUAGUUUUUUCAAAGCUCAAAAUAAAUAUUUCAAAUUUUUUAAA